GGGCCGGCGGCCGCGCCUCCGCCGCGUCAGUCUGCGCGCAGCCGCCGCCUACACUGUACGUUUGUUCGCGCUCUCUUCUACAAGACUUACAAGCCGGCCUUGGCGCUAUUUCGACUAGUUUGCGCGCUCCACUCUACCUAGCUCACGUAUAACAAUCCAGAUCAAGUGCUUAUAAUGUCGACUGCCGUGGAGAACUUCGCGGUGGGGGGAGAGGCGCGAGUCAACGGCUCACAACAUAACGGCUCAACUCAACUCAACGGCUCCGCACGACCCAACGGUUCAGCUCAACACAACGGAUUAGCGCAACUCAACGGCACGGCGCAAUUUAAUGGUUCAGGGCAACUCAACGGCUCAGCACAACACAAUGGCACCGCGCGCCGCAGCCUAUGGGACGCGCAGUUCCUCCCGCCUCCUCUGGUGUUAGAAGAUCGCGCUCGCGCUUUAAAGAUUCAGACUCGGCUGGCUGGACUGGUGCUGUGCGGGCAGGCGCUGGUGCGCGUCGGAGAGACCUUCGCGCGCGAGCUGGAGCGCGGCCUGUGCGACCUGCCCUCCAGCCUGCAGAUGGAGAACACCUACGUGCCCGAGCUGCCCGACGGCACAGAGGAGGGGGUGUUCCUGGCGCUGGACCUGGGCGGCACCAACUUCCGCGUGCUGCUGCUGCAGCUGGCCGCAGGGCAGCUGGUCCGGGAGCGAGUCCGGCAGUACCACAUCAGUGACGCGCUGCGCUCGGGGCCGGGCGAGGACCUGUUUGGCUUCCUGGCGGACUGCGUCCAGGACUUCCUGCGCGGCGAGGGAAUGGAGGAGCAGGAACUCUCGCUCGGGUUCACGUUCUCGUUCCCGAUGCGGCAGCACUCGAUCUCCUCGGGCGAGCUGCUGACGUGGACCAAGUCAUUCUGCUGCGGCGGCAUGGCGGGCCGCGACGUGGCGGCGAUGCUGCAGCACUGUUUGCACGAGCGCGGCUUGCGCGUGCGCGUGCAGGUGCUGCUCAACGACACCACCGGCACGUUGGUCGCCGGCGCACACCGCGACCCCGACGUCGGCAUCGGCGUGAUCAUGGGCACGGGGUCCAACGGGUGCUACGUGGAGCGAGCGGAGCGCGUGCAGCACUGGGAGGCGGGCCGGCGACGCGCGCGGGACGUCGUCGUGGACGUGGAGUGGGGCGCGUUCGGCGACAACGGCUGCCUCGACUUUCUGCGCACGGACUACGACGCCGAGGUGGACGAGCGCUCGCUGCUCACCGCCUCCUUCACGUUCGAGAAGUACAUCGGCGGCAAGUACCUGGGCGAGCUGUUGGGCGUGGUGCUGGGCGCGCUGGCGCGGGACGGUCUCUUCCCCGCCGCGCCCGCGCCCGCCGCCCUCACCACCGCGCACCUCAGCGUCUUCGAGGAGGAGAACUGCGCCGGCGCGUGGCGGGAGACGGCGGACACGCUGGAGGCGGCGUGCGGCGCGCACGUGACGCGCGCGGACGCGCUCGUCGCGCAGCACGUCGCGCGCGUCAUCUCCAACCGCGCCGCGCAGCUCGUCUCCGUCUGUGUGGCGUGGCUGCUGCGGCGCAUGGCCCGCGAGCGCGUGGCGGUCGCCGUGGACGGCUCCGUGUACAAGCGGCACCCGCGCAUCCAGCACCUCAUGAACAAGUACGUCGCCCUGCUCGCGCCCGAACACCCCUUCACGCUGCUGGGGGCCGAGGACGGCAGCGGCAAGGGCUCGGCGCUGACUGCCGCCAUCGCCGCGCGGGUCGCUGCGCGCCACCUGCCCUAGCGCCGCCUCACACACGCCGCACCGCCGCCGGCCCUAGGGCGCACUGCCUGCCCUGGGGCGCACUGCCGGCCCUAGGGCGCACUGCCUGCCCUAGGGCGCACUGCCUGCCCCAGGGCGCACCGCCAUACCUGGGGCGAACUUUCGUCCAGGACGCGCGUCAUGUGCGCACGUCAACAGGCAGAUGAAGGCAGAAAAAUGGUUAUUCCGUCGUGUGAUUGUGUUCUAUAGCACUCAGUUUGUAAGUUGUUCAACAAGAUACUCUUACAUUAGAAUGCCAGUGAGGCGCUGGUUUACUGGCCGGUUGGCUGGAUAGUGCUCGAGGCGGCGGCGGCGAGAUGAAUACGUGAUUAGUUAGACUUUUAUCAAAUAAUGACUGUGAUUAGUUUGUAUGUAUGUGCAUUGUGUAUGAGUUGUUUUGUAUGACAGCGUGUGUGUAUGAAUGUGAAUAAAUGAUGUAAAGUUGUGUUAAGUUGUAUGUUGUGAUAUGCAUUUGUAGAAGUUAAUUAGAUAAUGAUAUUAUUAUAAGAACGACACAAUAUUUUAAUCGUUACAACCUCUGAGUGAGUGAGAACUUUUUCGGCUAAGAAAAAAGACAAAUAAUGAAGUACAUAUUUGUACGGGUAUAGAUUGAGGUGUGCCAGUGGCGCUGGACUGGAUACAUCUAUUUAAUUAUACUGUAACUGUUGUGAUGAUUCAAACAAUGAACAUCGCACAACAAGUGCUGGAGCGCCUUCCAACACGACUGUGUGACACUCGUGUGCUGUGUGCGUGUGAAGCUAUACUUUAGUGCCAUAUAACUAAGGGUGAAUUAUGUAGAAGUACACAUGAAAUAUAUUUUUAUAAAAUUUUAUGAUCGGGACUGACUCCCGCUAGUUGUAAGUUAACAUGUAAUAUUUGUUAUUCCGAUGGGAAUUUUUAUUAGUUGUUUCGUCUGUCGAGUGUGAGCGGACACUAUACUGCGGCAGCGCGUCGUUGCUCUGCGCGAGCUGGUCGCAGAGGCACGACUUUUGAAAUGUUAUAUUGAAUCAUAUUAUUAUAUUUGUAUUUUACACAAUAAUAA